AUGGCCGAAAUGAUUGCCCUGCUUCGAGGCCCGGACCACACGUCAUCGAACUCCACUCCGCCUCUCGCGCGCGGGUCAACGAUUGACCCCGCUCCUUGGGCAUUGCCGACUCUUGCACCAGAAGGCGACACCACCGCUGCCGCGCUGAUCACCCCUGUUCAUCAAUCGGCGCAUGUGCCAGCAGUCCAUCCGACCGAUUUCUUCCACCCGCAGCCUACUGUUUCAGCGAUCACUUCACUCCCGCCUAUGACGAUUCUCGCGCCGGACUCGAUUGCAUUCGCGCCACCUCCUCCAUCCGUACCUGCUCCGUCCACGGUCUACACGAUUCCUCUGCCGACGGUCUUCCCAGCGACAAGUGUCCCUGCUUCGGCCCUCGCUCAGACUAUAGAGCCCUUUCCUUUCCCAACUCUAUAA